GUUUGGUCGGUUGCAGAUCGAACCCGGACGCAUUUCGCUUUGCCAUGGUUUCCCGCCAAAUUGAAGCCCUCAUCCAACGGUCAAAAUCAGCGGCUCAUCUUCUCCAACUCCACUCUCUGGUCCUCAAAACGGGCCUCGAUCACAACCCAAAGUUCGUCUCUGACUAUAUAAACGCGGCCAGCUCGAUUUCAAUCGGCUUUGCCAAACUAGUGUUUGGUUAUGUACCAAUGUCUCCUCCGCCGCUGUUUGCUUGGAAUUCAAUCAUCAGGGCCUUUGCGAAGAGCCCAGCACCGAUUGAAUCGAUCAACUUUUUCUUUGAGCUGCGUAGAAUUGGGCUUAGACCCGACUACUUUACUUACCCUUUUGUUGUGAAAGCCUGCGGUCGAUGUAAGAUGGUUGGAGUUGGUGGGUUGGUGCAUUGUGUGAUUAUGAAAGGUGGUUUUGAUUCGGAUCGGUAUAUAGGGAAUGCCCUUUUCAGAAUGUAUGCUGAUUGCGGUGCGGUUGGGAUUGCGAGGAAGGUGUUUGAUGAAAUGCCUGUGAGAGAUGUGGUUUCUUGGAGCUCUUUGAUUGCCGGAUAUGUUGCUUGCGACUACCCAUUGGAAGCCUUAAGGGUGUUUCGAGAGAUGAAGCUAGCUAAUGAAAAACCAAACUCAGUCACUUUGGUAAGCUUGCUUUCUGCCUGUACCCAUUUAAACAAUAUUGGCACCGGGAAGUCGAUUCAUUGCUACGUUAUCGUCCAUCCCAUAGAGAUAGAUGUUGCUCUGGGAACUGCUCUGAUUGAGAUGUAUUCCAAGUGUGGGCAUGUUGAGAAAGCCUUCCAUAUCUUCAAUUCAAUGAGUGAAAAGAAUUUGCAGUCUUGGACUAUUAUGAUUUGUGGUCUUGCCGAUCAUGGUCGUGGAAACGAUGCUAUCUUGUUGUUUUCUCGCAUGGAACCAGCUGGAUUGGUACCAGACAGCAUGGCAUUUUCUGCUAUCUUGUCAGCCUGUAGCCACUUGGGCCUCCUUAAUGAGGGUCGACAAUUUUUCAAUCAGAUGGUGAGAACAUAUAAUAUUGAACCAACAAUGGAACAUUAUGGAUGCUUAGUAGAUUUGCUUGGAAGAGCUGGUCUGAUUGAAGAAGCUUAUGAAGUUAUCAAAAAUAUGCCAAUGGAGCCUAAUUCAGUAAUACUGCGGAGUUUCUUGGGUGCCUGUAGGAACCACAAUGUAGUUUUUCCUUUAGAUGAUAAGUUCAGGAAAGUCCUUAAAUCGGAGUCUCACCUUGGAGCAAACUAUGUACUCGCAGCUAAUGUAUCUUCUUUCUCUGGUUGUUGGAGUGAUGCUGCUGAUCUGCGACUAUCCAUGAAACAGCAGGGUGUGGUAAAGGUUCCUGGGUGCAGUUGGGUGGAGGUGGGUGGUAGUUCAUCUGGAGAUAUUAUAAAAGAGACCGUAAGGUAGUUACGGUUUAAAGAGAAGGGAUGAACAAGAAGACAGCCAAGAUUGACAAAUGAAUGUAGAAGAAAGCUGGAUAGGGAUUACUGUUCAAAAAGGUAACAGAUUGUGAAACUGAGAGGGCAUCUAAAUUUGGCAUUGGAAGGUCAGAAGUUCAACGAGUAAGCUGUAAGGAUUUGGUGCUGUAUCAUUGCUUUUUUUAACAAUGUAUGGGAAGAGCCUGGAAUAUGUGUGCUUCAGGUUUGACAUAUUAACUAAUUUUUCACCAGAUGCCCAUGUAAAUUUCAGUUAGGAGUACAAAUCUACAAGAUCUUUUAGCAAAUGAUUGAGGACGCAAGGCCUGACGAGUGCAAGAAAUGAGAUUUGGAAAUCCAGAAAUUUGUUUCCUGUCUUCCAUUUAACCAUAAAUUUUACUUCUAGUUGAUUAAGCCCUCCAGAUUCUAAACGCUCAAUCACUGGCAAAGCUAGUCAGAAGUAAUGGAAGGUCACACUAAUCUUAUUGCAAAAAAUUACUGACUGAUUCUUCAUCAACAAGUGGCCUAUAUGUCUCCUGUUCAGCACACGGACAAUCCUGAUGGCUCUCUGGAACUCUUUCCAGGAAUUGUAGGCUAUUUUGUGCUACUAUGAUACCCUGACAGCAUCCAAGCUUCUGCAACAUUUGCUGAUUUAUUACCAUGUGGUAAUUUCAAGUUUCAAGCAUGUGAAGCAUCCCACUGGCUCCCCACCGAGAGUUUCUUGACACUGACACUAUUAUGCAAUACCAUAUUAAUAUAUCGCUUCAGCAUUCAGGGAGGGUUAAAUUCAUGAGUCUUCUGGUUAUGUUGUUUACGAUGCUGUAAUGGCCGCUAUAUCUGAGCUGCUGCAACGUUUGCUGGUGAUUUCGCCUUUGCUUUUAGUGAUUGUCGUUCAUUGGCUCUCCACAGGCAGCCAGAUCACCAUUGGGAUUCCAGGGUCUGAGCCUGAAGCUAUCCACAGAGCUGGAGGAUCACCUUGGGGUGUGGCCUUUGUUUUAGUACUGCUUUUCUUUCUCAUAUCCUAUCAGCCUUCUUUCCUUGGCCUUCUUUUCUAGGUCAAUGUCUCUCUGUUCAGAAGGCAAGUAUGAAUAACAUAAUGUUGGCUUCUAUCUGAUAAGCUGAAAUAUUAUGUAAUUCCUAUUACCAUGCUUGUUAAAUAGUCAGUAAUUUAUCUUUCAAGGAGUAUGCGGAGUACUUUAUAAAUAGCAGGAGCUUACCAUGAAUAGUUACCUUA